AUUUGCGCUCGAGCAGCGAACGUGGCAGCAAGCAAAAGCAAACGCAAAAGCAAACGCAAAGCAAAACUCAAACUCAAACGGAAAAGCAAAAGCAAAAGCAAAAACUCAGCAAGUGCUAGACGAAACGAAUCGAAUUGAAGCGAAUCGAAGCGAAGCGAGCAAAACAGAAAUCUGGCCAAAACAGUCGAAGCCAGAAAGUUGGAAAGAUAGUUCGUCAAGUGCCCGCAAUAAUAAAUUUAAUUUUAAUUUCGAUUUCAAUUAUCAGAGGAAGCGACUCUAAGCCAAGUUAAUUAAAUUGAGAAAAUUGAUAAUUGUUCAGCGAGUUGCGCGCUUUCAUUUUCGUUUUCAAACCCAAUAAACGCAAUCAAAAGAUCGCGCGGCAGCCGCUUGAAAAAAAAUAAAUACUUAGAAGAGAUUCAAGCACAAACGACGUGGUUAAAGUGAAAUUGUCAUUGCAAACAAACAGUUAGGCUGCAGGCUGCAAAAUCGAACUGUUAAUUACAUUUGUGUGUGUGGGGCGUUUGCGCAAUUGUGAGCCGCUCGAAAAAGCAAGCGCAGAGCGCUUUUCAAUAUCGAAUCCAAUUUUUAUGAUCAAGUGCCUGCGUCUGGCCAUUGUGCAACUCGCAGCCAAGCCAGCCACUUAACCUUAGCAAUCAUUAUUUGGCAAUAAGACAUUUGGCACAAUCAUUUGAUUCAAGUGUGCCCAAGUACGCCGAAAUCGAACUUUUACCACAACAAAACGAAAGCAAAGCAACAACAACAACAACAACAGCAACAACAACUGGACUCAACGAACCCACGCGGCGCUCAACUCGAGUAGCAGCAGCAGCCACAGACAAGAAGAAGAGAAAGAGGAGGAGGAAGCAGCAGCAGCAGCAGCAGCGGAAGGAGACAGCUGAGACGAAGAAAUAGUGCAAAAUGGUUGAGAAGACAGACAUGUCGAAAAUCGUUGGCGUUGCCGACAUCACCGAGAACAAGAACAUCUGGCGCAUGCUGCUCGGCGAGCUGUUCGGCACAUUUUUCUUGAUCGCGAUUGGCGUUGGCAGCACGGCGACCGGAAGUGCGACAGUGCCGCAGAUAGCGUUCACCUUUGGCUUGACGGUGGCCACGCUGGCCCAGGGCCUGGGCCACAUCAGCGGAUGCCACAUCAACCCGGCUGUAACAAUCGGCUUCCUGAUCGUCGGCGAGAUGAGCAUCCUGAAGGCUGCCUUCUACAUCAUUGUGCAGUGCGUGGGCGCCAUUGCCGGGGCGGCUGUCAUCCGGGUGGCUCUCAAUGGACUGCCCACCAAUGGACUGGGCGUUUCUACCUAUGACGAAUCGCUGAAUGUCGGCCAGGUGGUGCUGAUCGAGGCACUGAUCACCUUCAUUCUGGUGUUCGUGGUCAAGGCUGUGUCGGACCCAGGUCGCCAGGACAUCAAGGGCUCCGCACCCCUGGCCGUAGGCCUCUCCAUUGCCGCUGGUCAUCUGUGUGCGAUUAAGCUCACUGGCGCCAGCAUGAACCCAGCACGCUCCUUCGGGCCCUCCGUUAUCCAGGGCAUGUGGGCCAAUCACUGGGUCUACUGGGCGGGCCCCAUUGCGGGCGGCAUUGUGGCCGCGAUUAUCUACAGGCUCGUCUUUAAGGUGCGCAAGGGCGACGAUGAGGCCAACUCGUAUGACUUCUAAGAUAACUAAUCCGCGUAUCCCGCCCUCACCCCUUAUUCGCUUUGGGGUAAUCCACAUCCUUGUUGUUGUACGUGUGUAUUGUAUGCAGAUGCUUAUUCACAUUCGUAUUCGUAUUCGUCUCAUUCACAAAUGUGAAUCGGAUUCGAUUCGGUCGGAACGAUCGCACAAUCCACAAUUAGAUUAGCCGCACAAUACGAAUUGUACAAUUUUUAUUUGUUGAAAAAUAAAAAUCGCUUUGUUUUAGUCGUACUAACACCUAAAAUAUUGAAUAUUCUAUGUUUAUAGCUUAAGGAUACAUUUAAUUCGCAUGUUUAUUGAAAUCAAUUAGAUGCAGCACAAAUUCGAGCCUCGAAACGCAGUUUGCUAAACCGAAUUCCACAUUAUUUGUUAAAAUUGUUAUUGUCUACUUAAUAAUUAUCGAGCACAAAUAAACGUAUUUGAUAAAUGACAAUUGUAUGUGUAAUAAAAACCUAUACAAAUA